AUGUCGGAACAAGAUUUGGCAGAGAUGGUACAGAUAGCAGUGGAGGACUUGGGCCAGGGUGACCAGACUGGUAAGAUCUAUAUUACAGACCACAAAGCUCUGUCCAAUCACCAUAACUAGGGCCAUGUGACCUGGCCAGGAAAACCAUUAGGGGGAAAUUGCUGGCUCAAGAUAAAUGUCAUGCUCAUCCCUCCGAAGUUGUCUCUUUACAACCAUUUGCCUGUAUUGUAAAGGAAGGGUCACCACUGACUGACUAUCCAUUGGCUAAUGGUUCAGCUUUACUUCUGGCUUAAGUUGUUUUAUCUUGAUGGUAGUUAUGGACCAUUUGGGUACAUUUGGUUAAAUCGCUUGAUUUGGAAGAGCUACUUAUAAGCAGCAACAGUGCAUCUGGUAGUUUUUUCAUGAUUGUGUGUAUGUUUUACUGUGCGUGACUGCAUUUGGGAUUUGUUUUAGAUGUGUUGGACAAUCAUGAAGAUUGUGAUGACAAGCCUGACAGGAAAAGGCCAAGGGUGGACAACGGCUCCCAGGAUGCAUCUCUAAAGGUAUGUUGCUGUGAGAGAUUGGAUUCAGUAUGUACUUCCAAACUGAAUCAGUCAUGUGAGCAUGUCCGCUUGUUUGUCCUAUGAAAAUAUAUCAUACAUUGCAUUUAUAAAGGCCUACUGUAGUGAUUUUUACAAGGUCUCUAAGCUCUCUGCUUUUUAAGAGGGGAGCUCACUUCAUCAACCACCAAUGUGUAACAUGUAGCACCCACCUUUUCUUACGCACACGCAAUGAACUUUCUCUCCCUCUGCCUCUUUCCCCCUUCCUCUCUCCAGACCUUGUUGUACUCCAUCAGCCAGACGAUCUGCCAGCGUCUGGACAACAUGGAGGCCAAGCUGCAGGUGGUGGAGGCGACGUGCCGGGCCCUGGAGAGGAAGCUGGAUGCCGUCGUCAACAAGAACCAGGCGCCCAUCCAGGUCCCCAUGGUGGCCGGUUCCCCUCUGGGGGCCACCCAGACCUGGAAUAAAGUGCGCUGGUGAGUUGAGGUUUGGACCUGGGCCUAUAUUAAUUAGGGCACACCGUAGCAGGCCAUUUUGCAACUGACAAUUUGGACAAGUUGAGGUAGUCUUUCCCUGUCGUUUUCUUCCGCUUGGUGCCUAAUGAAUACGACCCUGGUUAGGACUGGGGAUUGUAGUGGGAUAAAACGCUGGGACUGGUCAGGGUGAGUUGAGGGUGGUACACUGGGGGACAAUGACAAUGGUUGACUUGUGCUUUAUGAGGGUUAUGGAGUUGUGGGGGAGUACUCAUUCUCUUACAAGUGAGUGCUAGAGUAGAAUGCGCCUAUUCCCAUGAAGACAAUUUGACACUGGAGCCUGUUGAGGUAUUUGACAAUGAAGAAUUCCCCGUCUGCCCCUGCAGUGUUGUUCCACAGACCAAUGUGAUAGUGAGCCAAGACCGACCAAAGGGCCAGGAGGAGCCAGUAGCUCGAGGGGCAGAUUCCCUGGAGAACCUCCUUAGCAAGUGAGUGAUUGACACCUGUUUUCUUCUGUCAUCAUGCAGAAUGUAGAAUUGAGUAUAGAACAAACACUGUUGUGCACGAAACUGUGAUCCCCACUAAUGUUUAAUCUACACAGAACCCUCAUAAUACAAUGGUUCUCUGAACCCUGCAGAGUUUAGUGGCUCACACAGAACACAAUGGAACACAUAUCAGCUCGGCUCACAGGUCCCUGUGUUGGUACGUGGUUCUAACUCAGCCUGUGUGUGUUUCUAUGCGUGUGUGUGUUCCGUCAGCACGGUGGGCGGGCGGAGGCAGAACACGUUCCUGGUGAAGGUGCCAGUGCCGGAGGACAGCCAGGAGGACCAGGAGAGCGGCUCAGAGGCCAGUGACUCGGUGUCCAACAGCGGCCAGACCAACAACGCCCAGAGCACCCAGAACGUCACCCUCAUCACCCUCAACUCAGAGGGUACGGCCCUGUCAGAACACGUGCACACAUACACAGAAACCAAGAAACACGCACACACAAACACAUACUGAAACACACACGCGUGUCCCAAACGUGGCUUAAAGUGUGUAAAGAACAAGUCACUUGAUGAACUGUUCAUCGUUGUGAAUCCGGCUGGAGUCUUAUCAGUGAGACGGAUACCAUCAAACAAAUUUGAACUCAAAGGCAGCUUGACUUUGAUUUGUGAAUGUGAUAUGUUGCCUGGCUACUUCUGCCUUAAUUGCCAAAUACUACCACCUGUCUUGGUGUAUAAUGGUGCUGUGUUGAUGUGUAGUGAUGUUUCACUAUCAUUACCAGCGUAGACAUCUGUGGUGAGGCAUCUGUGGUAGCUAUUGUCUCACUCGGACUUGUUUUGAAGUCUUCUAGGAUGAUGUCUCGGGACUCAGCGGCUUUCCCAGUAGUCACGGACAAGCCUGAGGAGAGGAAAGGUUUUUAUGAUUGAGCAAAGUUUCUGACUACAGCGCAUGCUGUUGUUUAUGUUGUUUGGGCUGUUUUGAGUGGUUCCUUGGUUAGCUUCAAAGACGUUCCUUUGGCAUACAUUCAUUUAUUUGCAGCUGCAAGUUUACAUGACAAUGUGUUUUAGUCAGCAUUAGCCGGAGGGCACCAUGUUUUUCUCCAAAAGGAAACGUGUGUGUGUGUGUGUGUGUGUGUGUGUGUGUGCGAUCCUUCGACCUCCCUGCAUUUUACUCUCUAUAUCAAUGUCACUGUCAGCUGUCUGCCUCUCCACACCUCUCCAUAGACAAAGUGAGCUCUCAGGUUACUAAACUUUAUAUAGAUAUAAUAUAUAGGAAGUCUGAUGUUCCACUGAUCGGUUCCUUGUUGAACUCUGUAAUGCUCCGUGGAGAUGACAUUCUAAUGUUAGAGAAUGUCACACAACAACACUCAUAAUAACCUCCAGAACUGUAUGCCGGUGUAGUCCUGAUGGUCGCCACAAGGUUGUGCUCAAGCGCAAGCAGAGAUUAGGAAGGUGUAGGCCUAUCUGUGAAGUAUUUCAGUGCAUGCACAUGCAUGUGGGAUCUGUGUAUAUACGAAGACUACAAGAAUAAAUAUUCAUAAAACAUUGAGCCCAAAAACCCUCACACAUGAACAGGUGUUAGAUAUAUUACAGCUGCUCUCCCUGACACACACACACACACACACAUAUCCCUACACAUAUCCCUACAUAUCCUCUACCCGCAUGUACAUAUUACCUCAACUACCUCAACUAGCCGGUGCCCCCGCACAUUGACUCUGCAACGGUACCCCCCUGUAUAUAUAGCCUCCCUACUGUCACUUUAUUUUACUUCUGCUCUUUUUUUCUCAACACUUUUUUUUGUUGUUGUUUUAUUUUUACUUUUUUUUGUUUAAAAUAAAUGCACUGUUGGUUAAGGGCUGUAAGUAAGCAUUUCACUGUAAUGUCUGCACUUGUUGUAUUUGGCGCAUGUGACCAAUAAAAUUUGAUUUGAUUUGAUAUACAGUACCAGUCAAAAGUUUGGACACACCUACUCAUUCCAGGGUUUUUCUUUAUUUUUACUAUUUUCUACAUUGUAGAAUAAUAGUGAAGACAUCAAAACUAUGAAAUAACACAUAUGGAAUCAUGUAGUAACCAACAAAGUGUUAAACAAAUCAAAAUAUAUUUUAUAUUUGAGAUUCUUCAAAGUAGCCACCCUUUGCCUUGAUGACAGCUUUGCACACUCUUGGCAUUCUCUCAACCAGCUUCAUGAGGUAGUCACCUGGAAUGCAUUUCAGUUAACAGUUGUGCCUUGUUAAAAGUUAAUUUGUGUCAUUUCUUUCCUUCUUAAUGCGUUUGAGCCAAUCAGUUGUGUUGUGACAAGGUCAGAGGAGACUGCAUGAAUCAGGCCUCCAUGGUCGAAUUGCUGCAAAGAAACCAAUACUAAAGGACACCAAUAAGAAGAAGAGACUUGCUUGGGCCAAGAAACACGAGCAAUGGACAUUAGACCGGUGGAAAUCUGUCCUUUGGUCUGAUGAGUCCAAAUUUGAGAUUUGGGCUUAGUGGGACUAUCAUUUGUUUUUCAACAGGACAAUGACCCAACACACCUCCAGGCUGUGUAAGGGCUAUUUGACCAAGAAGGAGAGUGAUGGAGUGCUGCGUCAGAUGAUCUGGCCUCCACAAUCACCCAACCUCAACCCAAUUGAGAUGGUUUGGGAUGAGUUGGACCGCAGAGUGAAGGAAAAGCAGCCAACAAGUGCUCAGCAUAUGUGGGAAUUUCUUCAAGACUGUUGAAAAGCAUUCCAGGUGAAGCUGUUUGAGAGAAUGCCAAGAGUGUGCAAAGCUGUCAUCUAGGCAAAGGGUGGCUACUUUGAAGAAUCUCAAAUAUAAAAUAUAUUUUGAUUUGUUUAACACUUUUUUUUGGUUACUACAUGAUUCCAUAUGUGUUAUUUCAUAGUUUUGAUGUCUUCACUAUUAUUCUACAAUGUAGAAAAUUGUAAAGAUAAAGAAAAACCCUGGAAUGAGUAGGUGUGUCCAAACUUUUGACUGGUACUGUAUAUAUUUAGUAUAGACACAGACCCACACAUACAACAGACUGGGAGCAGCUUUAGGGGUCAUAUCAUUACCACUAUACUCUUGCCCCCCUCUCUCUUUAUAGAUGACUACCCAGCAGGUACGUGGCUUGGCGACGAGAACAAUGCAGAGAUGCGCGUGCGCUGCCCAGUGUCGCCUGGCGACAUGCUCCACAUCAGCACCAACUGCCGCACGGCGGAGAAGAUGGCGCUGACACUGUUGGACUACCUAUUCCACCGCGAGGUGCAGGCCAUCUCCAACCUGUCGGGCCAGGGCAAGCACGGCAAGAAGCAGCUCGACCCACUCAUGAUCUACGGCAUACGCUGUGAGUCACGCACACCUACACACUCACUCCAUUACUCACACUGCUGUUUAACCCUGUCCUGACUAAGCGGGGGGGGAGGGGGUCAUUUAGGGUAAUUUAGCUAUUUUAGUUUUAAGACCCCCUGAAGUAUAAAUAUAUAUAUAUAUAUAUAUAUAUAUAUAUAUAUAUAUAUUUGCUAAAAAACAUAUUUUUGGCCUUACUGCUAUUAGCCCAUACAAACGCAUUUAAUAACAGGUUCACUACAUUUUGUUUUACAUGUAUUUACAGUGCAUUCGGAAAGUAUUCAGACCCCUUCCCUUUUCCACAUUUUGUUACGUUACAGCCUUAUUCUAAAAUUGAUAAGUAAUGUUUUUCCUCAUCAAUCUACACACAAUACCCCAUAAUGACAAAGCGAAAACAGGUUUUUAGAAUUUUUUGCAAAUGUAAUCCUUAUUUACAUAAGUAUUCAGACCCUUUGCUAUGAGACUCGAAGUUGAGCUCAGGUGCAUCCUGUUUCCAUUGAUCAUCCUUGAGAUGUUUCUACCUUGAUUGGAGUCCACCUGUGGUAAAUUGAAUUGAUUGGACAUGAUUUGGAAAGGCACACACCUGUCUAUAUAAGGUCCCACAGUUGACUGUGCAUGUCAGAGCAAAAACCAAACCAUGAUGUCGAAGGAAUUGUCCUUAGAGCUCCGAGACAUGAUUGUGUUGAGGCACAGAUCUGGGGAAGGGUACCAAAAAAUGUCCCCAAGAACACAGUGGCCUCCAUCAUUCUUAAAUGGAAGAAGUUUGGAACCAACAAGACUUCAUGGAGCUGGCCGCCCGGCCAAACUGAGCAAUCGGGGAAGAAGGGCCUUGGUCAGGGAGGUGACCAAGAACCUGAUGGUCACUCUGACAGAGCUCCAGAGUUCCUCUGUGGAGAAGGGAUAACCUUCCAGAAGGACAACCAUCUCUGCAGCACUCCACCAAUCAGGCCUUUAUGGUAGAGUGGCAAGACGGAAGCCUCUUCUCAGUAAAAGGCAUAUGACAGCCCGCUUGUAGUUUGCCAAAAGGCACUUAAAGGACUCUCAGACCAUGAGAAACAAGAUUCUCUGGUCUGAUGAAACCAAGAUUGAACUCUUUGGCCUGAAUGCCAAGCGUCAUGUCUGGAGGAAACCUUGCACCAUCCCUACGGUGAAGCAGGUUGGUGGCACCAUUAUGCUGUGGGGAUGUUUUUCAGUGGCAGGAACUGGGAGACUAGUCAGGAUUGAGGCAAAGAUUAACGGAGCAAAGUGCAGAGAGAUCCGUGAUGAAAACCUAUGCCAGAGCACUCAGGACCUCAGACUGGGGCGAAGGGUCACCUUCCAACAGGACAACGACCCUAAGCAUACAGCCAAGACAACGCAGCAGUGGCUUCGGGACAAGUCUCUGAAUGUCCUUGAGUGGCCCAGCCAGAGCCUGGACUUGAACCCAAUCGAACAUCUCUAGAGACUUGAAAAUAGCUGUGCAGCGACGCUCCCCAUCCAACCUGACAGAGCUUGAGAGGAUUUGCAGAGAAGAAUGGGAGAAACUUCCCAAAUACAGGUGUGCCAUGCUUGUAGCGUCAUACCCAAGAAGACUCCAGGCUGUAAUCGCUGCCAAAGGUGCUUCAACAAAGUACUGAGUAAAGGGUCUGAAUACUUAUGUAAAUGUGAUAUUUCCGUUUAAAUGUUUUUAUACAUUUGCAAAAAUAUAUAAAAGCCUGUUUUUGCAUUUUCUUUAUGGGGUUGUGUAGAUUGAAGAGGUAAAAAACGAUUUCAUCCAUUUUAGAAUAAGGCUAUAACGUAACAAAAUGUGGAAAAAGUCAAGGGGUCUGAAUACUUUACGAAUGCUCUGUAACCCCUUAUUUUUGGCACUAAACAGUCUCCAUAUACUUCCAUGAUAUUUUUCAACUGGUACCGGGGGACCUUCAGACGAGUCUUGUGAGGCCUGUGGGCGUCCUAGAGCUAAACGUGUUCGUGAGAGUCUCACCUUUCCACAGAGGGGUCAUAUUAGUGUGUUGCCCAAAGUGUUCAGACUCAACAGACAGAAGUUGGCAGGUCGGCUGUACCUUCAGACGAGUCCCAAGAUGCUUGUGGGGGUCUAAGAGGAAAACGGAGAACACCAUCGUGUUCGUGAGAGUAUUUCUUUCCAUAGAGGGGUCAUAAUCGUUUUGUAGGCCAAACCGUUCAGACGCUACAGACAAUUCUUUUGAGAAGACUGAUUUAUGGGAUGUCUCAUGGUCUGACAAACACCACUCUAGCUCUGUCACCUUUCACCGCAGAUGCGGAAGUGCGACAUCGGUGGAGGUGGUGGAUUGAGACGCAUCCAAUAAAAAAACAAGUUAUCUAGCUUAAACUAACAGAUGUAUUUAUUAUGUGUUUUAUUAUUAUUAUUAUGCUAAUUAGAUUUCCGCUGUGGCGUGGACAUUGACUCCAAGGGUUAACCAACUGACAGAAAACCAUCUAACUGACCAUAAAAUUCCCUUCCGUUGACCAGGGAGUGAGACAGCGGAGGGAGGGAGGGGAGACAGGGGAAGGGAGGGCAGACAGAGGGGGGGGGGGGGGGAGCGGAAGGGAGGGGAGAAAGCAGAUGGGAGAGGGGAGGGAGGGGAGACGGCGGAGGGAAGACAGCGGGAGGGGAGAGGGGACAGCGGAAGGGAGGAAGGGGAGGGGAGACAGCAGAUGGGAGACAGCAGAGGGGAGGGAGGGGAGACGGUGGAGGGGAGACAGCUAAAAGGAGGGAGGGGAGACUGCAGAGGAGAGGGCGUUUUUAUGGCUUAUAAGUGUUGACAGUGCUGAAUAAAAUCUUAAACAUGAACUCACUCAUAAAAACAUUAGCUCUUUGCUGUAUUCAUUGACAGUCUCUCUCUAGUCAUGUUUUUUAAAGUUUUGAAAUCUCACACAGUAGAGACGACUAUCAACUUCGCUGUGGGCUGGUAGAAGCUGUCUUUUUUGCCAUUUAUGAAUGUGUGUUAUUCAAUCUGUUUCUCUGCGCUAUAGUAGCAAAGGUCAAAUUCAAUAUUUUAGCAAAUCAUUUAAAAAAAUUAUUUGAUACCUAAAGGGGUCCUAAAAUUCUAAAUCAAAUAGCUGAAUGAUCCAUAGUAUGACCAUCUUAAAACAAUUACAUACCUCCCCCCAACGUCUUAGACUUACAGGGGUUAAUCGAGGUAGAAAGAAGUUAUCAACUCUGUCACGCCCUCAAACCAGCUAUUAACACCCCGCUAACGUAACCGCACUCUCUCACAUACUAUAUACACACUUACAUUGUAUAGGGGCAUGUGUCAGGGAUUAGGAUGAUAUGUGGUACUAUCAGAGUACCUGACCACUUGUACCUUGACCACCAGAUUUAGAAUCUAUCUAGAGUUUUCAGUGGUUCUGACAUUUUGAUACCUCAGGCAGAGUUUCAUUGAUAGUGGGACAAGGUUGCACUGUACAAACUACACACACAGACUUGGCAUGAACUGCUGUCCAUCCUAAGCAAUGCAUGUGACUUAUACUACCUUGUCAUGGUGAGUUAGCUUUAGUUUAAGAUUACAAUGGUUAUCUUAAGAUUGUUAAAUUACAUGACCCUGAACUGAUGUGCCCUCUGUCGUUGUUUCCCUCAGGUCACCUGUUCUAUAAGUUUGGCAUCACUGAGUCGGACUGGUACCGUAUCAAGCAGAGCAUUGACUCCAAGUGUCGCACUGCGUGGAGACGCAAGCAGCGCGGCCAGAGUCUGGCGGUCAAGAGCUUCUCCAGACGUAGCACCAACGCACCGGGAAGCUCAGGUAAUUCCUGGAAAUAGCAAGCACACACACACGCAGACACACAUGCACACACAGACACACACAUAGCUUUUCACUUAUGCGUAUGUAAGGAACCCAGCGAGUAGUGCAGAUGCAGAGUGUAGCAGAUGGUUAUAAUCUCCACAACACAACAACGCCUCCUGUCCUCCCCUCCCUGAGAUCCAUCACCUCUCACCCCUGACCGGAGAGAGUGGGACAGCAGGGGAAACCCAAAUAUCCUGUGAGCCCACUGUGUGUACAUUAUACAGUCACAGCCCGCUCUCCUCCCUGGCCACACACACCCCACCAGAGCACACACAGCACUGUAAACUAAACACACACACACUCAAACAGCACACACAGCACUGUAAAAUAAACACACACACACAUCUACCAGAGCACACACACCCCAGAGAAAGUUCUCUCGCACUCCCCUUAGUAAAACUGCUUCAACAUUAAACUAAUGGGCUGGAAAGAGGUGACUGGGUCUGUUUUUAAACAGUUAUUUAUUAAUGAACGGGGAGAGAGGGCUAACACAAAGUACAGUCUCCACGAGCCACCUGGCUCUCGCCUCACUGUCAAUAACUGGGCUGGGGAUAAUUUACAUACUGCAGUACUUGGACUGUGUCUCAAAUGGCACCCUAAUCCCUAUAUAGUGCACUACUUUUGACCAGGGCCCAUAGGGCUCUCUCUGGUCAAAUGUAGUGUGCUAUAGGUAACUGCCAACAUAAAGGAAACUCCAACAUAAAGUGUCUAAAUAGGGUGUUGGGCCGCCACGACUCAGAACCGCUUCAAUGCACCUGGGCAUAGAUUCUACUAGUGUCUGGAACUCUAUUGGAGGGAUCUGACACCAUUGUUCCACAAGAAAUGCCAUUAUUUGGUGUUUUGUUGAUGGUGGUGGAAAACGCUGUCUCAAGCGCCGCUCCAGAAUCUCCCAUAAGUGUUCAAUUGGGUUGAGAUCUGGUGACUGAGACCGCCAUGGCAUAUGGUUUACAUCGUUCUCAUGCUCAUUAAACAAUUCAGUGAACACUCGUGCCCUGUGGAUGGGGGCAAAGUCAUGGUAGCCAAAAUAAUGGCCACAAAUACUGACCUGCCCAGCAUUUUUAUAUAUGACCCUAAGCAUGAUGAGAUGUUAAUUGCUUAAUUAACUCAGGAACUUCACCUGUGUGGAAGCACCUGCUUUCAAUAUACUUUUUAUCCCUCAUUUACUCAAGUGUUUCCUUUAUUUUGUCAGUUACCUGUACAUAAGGUAAAGGGUGCCAUUUGGGACAUAGCCAUGGUCAUGCUGAAGGACAGGAGAAAGAACUCGCUGGCAGUAAACACAACACGUCUAUGAUAUGAGCUGUACCAAGCAGAUAUCUGUGCUACAUAUGUUUUGUAUAUCAUGAUAUUAUUAUUUUGAGUGAAUUCUUUAGGCCUACUUUGUUACUUCUCAUUGUGGUGGGAUUUCCUCAAUGUAGGCCUACAUCAAUCUAGCAACAAUUCUCAUAGCGAGCAGGCACACACGCAUGCACCAGUGUAAACACACACACACACACACUGAGAUAAUAGGUGAAGCUGUGGUGGGCCGAUGGGGGACGUUAUGGGCUGUGGGCUGUGGGUGUGAUAGUGGUGGGUGUUUAGACUGAGGCUGGGGGUUUGUGUUUGGCUGCAGGGUCAUGUGUGUAUUUUGAAUUGCUAGCUUGAGAGUCCUUGUGUUAUUUAGACAUGUUUGAUACAGUAUAAACACACGGCAUCAUCCAGCAGAUGGGCCCAGUUUUCCAAAAGCCUCUUAAGGCUAAAGUUCAUCAUUAGAACCUUCGUAGGGGUAUCGUUUCCAAAAACAAAAAAAACGCUCGUUAUUUACCGACUGCCUCAGACCACUCGUAGAGCAGUUAAGUGCAUGUUUAGAUGCAUUUCCCCCAGAAUAUCUCUACUGAACAUAAAUCAAGAUGUUUCUGUCUCUCUGUGACCGCCGAUAACUUCACAACGAAGUUGACUACAAAUACAAAGUUACCAAUGUCUUUGCAGUUGUUACAAACAAGCGAAGGAUAAAAAGAUGCUUGAAAUGAAAACCGAGAUGACUGCAAUAAAAGAUAAAUAGCCUACCAAAAGUAUAGGUUACAUAGGCCUAUAUAUUUCAAUGAUAUUAAAAUCAAUUUCAUGUCCAUUCAAUUUAGUUUUAUUUGGCUAUUUGGCUACUGUCUGUAUUUUUUUGCCUCAAUAUAUUUGAUGAUGUGUAGCCUAACAGGUGUGCCAAAUCUUGAUUUAGUGCAAUAUUAUUGGGUAAGCAUUAGAAUAAGUUGCCUCAAUAUUUGCAUCCAUAGGUGAUAAUAUCUCUCUAGGACGUGAUCCGUCAUCAGUAUUGUGGAAUAAUUAUAAUGUUACGGUAAGAUUUUAAUGGAGAAAGCUGAUCCGAGAGCAGCGCUGCCUUUCUUUCGAACCUGUCAUUAUCGACACAUGCCUCAAUGAGGCACUUAGCGAACGUUCUUUCUGCGUGGUGUUUUGGGAAACACAUGUUACAUCUUCGGCCAUUGCAGGAAAGAUACAGUGAGGGAAAAAAGUAUUUGAUCCCCUGCUGAUUUUGUACGUUUGCCCACUGACAAAGAAAUGAUCAGUCUAUAAUUUUAAUGGUAGGUUUAUUUGAACAGUGAGAGACAGAAUAACAACAGAAAAAUCCAGAAAAACGCAUGUCAAAAAUGUUAUAAAUUGAUUUGCAUUUUAAUGAGGGAAAUAAGUAUUUGACCCCCUCUCAAUCAGAAAGAUUUCUGGCUCCCAGGUGUCUUUUAUACAGGUAACGAGCUGAGGUUAGGAGCACACUCUUAAAGGGAGUGCUCAUAAUCUCAGUUUGUUACCUGUAUAAAAGACACCUGUCCACAGAAGCAAUCAAUCAAUCAGAUUCCAAACUCUCCACCAUGGCCAAGACCAAAGAGCUCUCCAAGGAUGUCAGGGACAAGAUUGUAGACCUACACAAGGCUGGAAUGGGCUACAAGACCAUCGCCAAGCAGCUUGGUGAGAAGGUGACAACAGUUGGUGCGAUUAUUCGCAAAUGGAAGAAACACAAAAUAACUGUCAAUCUCCCUCGGCCUGGAGCUCCAUGCAAGAUCUCACCUCGUGGAGUUGCAAUGAUCAUGAGAACGGUGAGGAAUCAGCUCAGAACUACACAGGAGGAUCUUGUCAAUGAUCUCAAGGCAGCUGGGACCAUAGUCACCAAGAAAACAAUUGGUAACACACUACGCAGUGAAGGACUGAAAUCCUGCAGCGCCCGCAAGGUCCCCCUGCUCAAGAAAGCACAUAUACAGGCUCGUCUGAAGUUUGCCAAUGAACAUCUGAAUGAUUCAGAGGAGAACUGGGUGAAAGUGUUGUUGUCAGAUGAGACCAAAAUCGAGCUCUUUGGCAUCAACUCAACUCGCCGUGUUUGGAGGAGGAGGAAUGCUGCCUAUGACUCCAAGAACACCAUCCCCACCGUCAAGCAUGGAGGUGGAAACAUUAUGCUUUGGGGGUGUUUUUCUGCUAAGGGGACAGGACAACUUCACUGCAUCAAAGGGACGAUGGACGGCGCCAUGUACCGUCAAAUCUUGGGUGAGAACCUCCUUCCCUCAGCCAGGGCAUUGAAAAUGGGUCGUAGAUGGGUAUUCCAGCAUGACAAUGACCCAAAACACACGGCCAAGGCAACAAAGGAGUGGCUCAAGAAGAGGCACAUUAAGGUCCUGGAGUGGUCUAGCCAGUCUCCAGACCUUAAUCCCAUAGAAAAUCUGUGGAGGGAGCUGAAGGUUCGAGUUGCCAAACGUCAGCCUCGAAACCUUAAUGACUUGGAGAAGAUCUGCAAAGAGGAGUGGGACAAAAUCUCUCCUGAGAUGUGUGCAAACCUGGUGGCCAACUACAAGAAACGUCUGACCUCUGUGAUUGCCAACAAGGGUUUUGCCACCAAGUACUAAGUCAUGUUUUGCAGAGGGGUCAAAUACUUAUUUCCCUCAUUAAAAUGCUAAUCAAUUUAUAACAUUUUUGACAUGCGUUUUUCUGGAUUUUGUUGUUGUUAUUCUGUCUCUCACUGUUCAAAUAAACCUACCAUUAAAAUUAUAGACUGAUCAUGUCUUUGUCAGUGGGCAAACGUACAAAAACAGCAGGGGAUCAAAUACUUUUUUCCCUCACUGUACAUCGUUAAAACACUUGUAAGCCUAAGUUCCCUCGCUAUCGGGAAACCUGGCCUAUGCCAAGUGUUCCUUCAGAGGUGAAUGGGGCUGGGUAACUUCUAUCCAGAGUAUAUUUUCUACCACACCUUACUGUUGUUAACUCAUCUGCCCUGUGCUCAUGCCCAGAGGGUGGCGCUGUGGUGGAGGCAGCCCAACAGACUCUACACUACACCCUGGCCAACCAGGCUGUCCAGCAGGUCCAGAUCCACCGCAUAGGAGAGGAUGGACAGGUGCAAGUGGUGAGUGUCACUGUCUCCCCCCUCUGUCUGCGUCUCCUCUCUCCUUCCAUCGCGCUCUCUCUCUCUCCUUCCUGCCCUACUACCCAAUUUCUCUGAUAAUCUCUCUCAUCCUCUUUCGCUUUCCUCUCAAUCUCUAACCGGACCUAUUUCUUUCUUGGGCCUCGUAGCUCUCUUCUUUUUCUCUCUUUCUCCUCUCGUGAUCCCGCUUUCAUUUCUAUCUGUCACUCUUUUCCCCUCUCCUCUUUUGCACUACCUAUCUCUCUGCCUUCUGUCUCGAUUCUCUCUGUCUUGUUCUGGUUCUAUCACACUCUCCUUCUCUCCACACAAACACACACACACACAACCCUCCUCCAGUUCCUUAGUCAUCUGAGAGUCCCAGAGUGAGUCUCUUAUCUAUGUUGUGUGGGUAGAUCACCUCACCCUACUACACUGAGACUGUCCACCGCUCCACAGGAAGACAGUGUGUCAAUGUAGCAGAGUUCCAUCAUGCUCAGGGAUUUGAUUGGACAACCUUAUACAGCUGUAGGGGUCAGAGGUCACACUCAGGCCCACUACAUCACUAUGGGUGGGUGGGCCAACAGGAAGUAACCUGUGUCUGAUCACUUCCUGUUCCCUGUGCAUCUUCAUGGAGUCACACUGUGGCACUAUUCCAAUGUCCACACUAUUACUUAGAAAGAAGAAAUGUGCUUUGACCUUUCAGUGUUAAUGAGGUAAAGGACCUACAAGUAAAUCUUAUGUAUGCCAUUCAAAUGUGUUGAAGCCCAACUAAGGAGCAAGUACUGUACUACUCCGAGAUCUCACCUCUUCCACCGGGCUGGAAUGUGUUAUUGAGUGAAGCAGCAGCUUGUGCUAUCAUGCCAACUCUGUGUUACUUAUUGUCAUGCCAAAUUGGGGGAAAAUUAUGUUUAUAAGCUAUUUGAAGAUUGCUGUGAGGCCAGUCAGACUGUUUGGCUUGACAAUGACAGCCAAAUAGUUGGCAAGAGCACAAACAGAUCUGGGACCAGGCUAGCAGGUUGACUCUGUCGUAAAUGUUUAUACGUGGUAUAGAGGCAGAGAGCAUUACUGGAAAUACUGCUAAUAUUAUAUUCUCUGUCAGGUCCGUGCCCCGUGCACACUAAAACGCUUUCUGGAACCGGUUUCUCAAAAAUGGACGAGUGUAGUAAUGCAUAAAAAGACAGGCUAAGAACAGACUAAUGCUGGAAUUCCACCCUUGCCGACCAAAAAAAAAAGAAAGUAAACAAUCAUUAUUUGUGUUUCAAAUGAAAAGUCCAGUUUAGUUGUGAGUCAAAAUCCAAUGAAAAUGCAACAUUACACCAUUGUCAGACUUUUCGAUUGAUCUUCCUGGUAAACUUCUACUCUGCUUUUAUUCAAAGCUGAUCAGUCCCUCGUGUUAUUAAAGAGGAAGAGGGAGGAGAGGAAGUGGUAUUAGUGAGUAGACCUGGGUUCAAAUACUAUUUUAACUAAUUUAAAUACUCAAUCUGUUUAUAAUUGAGCUUGCCUGGCUUAAUGGACAAAUGUAAUAGAUGGGCUUUUAAGUUUUAGGACUAUCUGGCACUCCAGGCAGGCUAGAGCAAACGUUCAAAGUACAUUUUUGAAAGAUUUAAAAUGGCAUCGGACUCCAGUCCUCGAGUACCCCCAAUAGCACACAUUUUUGUUGUUACCUCUGACAAACUCAACUGAUUCAACUAAUCAAGGGCUUGAUGAUUAGUUGACAAGUUGAAUCUGGUGUGCUUGUACAGGGCUACAACAAAAAUGUGUGCUGUUGGGGGUACUCAAGGUCGGACUGGAGUUGGUAAACACUGUUCUAGAGUAUUAGCGGGUGCAUCCGAGCCUAAUGGUACGAGUGCUUUCAAGCCUUUAGGAAAUGUAAAGCAUAUGAUCUGUCACGCAGCGACUGCAGCGGGGCUCAGACUAGUGGCUGAUGGUGGAGGGGUGAGAGUGGACUCACUAACUGUAUGUGUUAACGGUGCCAGAAGAGUAGUGCACAUUAUAGUACAUACACAAGAGAGGGGGAGGGGCGGGGAGGGAGGAGGUGAGUCGGGGGGAGGAGGGCGGAUGGAGGGCUUUCGGGAGGGAGGGAGGGCGGGCGGGGCGGGAGGGGGGGGGAGGCGGGGGGAGGGAGGGAGGAGGGGGGAGGAGGAGGAGGAAGGGGAAGGAAGGAAGGAAGGUUUUCUUUCUGUAUAGGCAGGAAGGCCCGGCAGGUCUUUUUUCGUCUGUAGGCAUGAAGGGAAGGAAGUCAGGAAGGCCUUCCUUCCGUUCCUAUCCUUCCUUCUUCCUUCGGCAGUAUCCUUCACUUCCUUCCUUCUUCCUGUCCGUGCCUUCCGGUUCCUUCCUUCUCUUGCCUUCCUUCCUUCCGUUCCUUUCCCUUCCUUCUUCCUUCCUCCUUCCUUCACUUCCUUCCUUCCUUCCUUCAUCUUGUUCUCUCUCGCCAUUAUCAGAUCCCUCAGGGACAUCUCCACAUUGCCCAGGUGCCACAGGGGGAAGAGGUGCAGAUCACACAGGACAGUGAGGUAAGUGUUUCUGUCUGUUUGUCUGUCCGUCCAUCUGUUUGUCUGUCUGUCUAUCCGGGUAUCCCAGUCAGUAAAUCGAAAGUGCAUGGUAAUAGUCAGUAAUGGUAGCAAGUAUUAAAGUCAUUAGGCAGGAGUUCACCACAAGCAGAUGUUAAGAGUGCUUGUUUAGAUCUACUGCGUGCUUAUGCAUGGGUUAUUAUACUAUUUGUUUCCACAUAAUACCCAGAUGGCCCGUGUCUCUCACCAGACAGCCUUGCAUGCACACAAUGGAUUGGCUCUAUAAGAAUCUUUCACAAAACCACACCAAGUGUCUGAGAAAGAAUUCUCUGCCUCAGCAUCAUAGUUAAACAUUUUGUUUAAUAAGAUGUGGGGGGAGAGAUAUUUAUUUCAAGGCGCCACUGCGCGUGCACACACACUUGAGUAGACAAACACGUUUGUGUAUAUUCAAGUUUGUGUGUAUAUAUGAGCGUUCAUUUAUACACACAAACUUGAAUAUACACACGCACGCACAAACACACAUACACUUGAAUACUCACUCAAGCACAAAAACAUGCCUAAACCUCACUCACAAACAAAUAAAUAAACACCUGCACUCAUGCAAAUAGGGCUGACACACUGACCAGGUAUUCUACAGAGGUUCUUAACCAAUACAAGCAGGGAGAAGGAGAGAGCGAGAGAGACGGAGGAAGAAAAGCUUGAAAAGCCUUUCUGCUCUUUGUGAUUGGAUGCCAGAAAAGUAUUUUUUUUGUCUCCUUCCCACUGGAUGAUCUUGUUUGUUUUGGGAGUUCAAAGCUUAGCAACAAAAUCCCACUUCUCCUAACUGCCACUCACAGUGUGUGUUUUCAUUAGGAAUGGGGCCCUCCUCAUCAAAGCGAUUGGUUUCAUCAUGUUGGAGAAGGAAAUUAGGCUAUUUGGGAGAGAUUACCAUGCUGCCUGUCCAUAUGGCAGCUCAGACAGCAUUGGAUAUGAAUGAAAUACAAUUAGGAAGGAAAAUAGCACAGAGGGAAUAAAUGGCGCUUAUUUGGGCUUGUUUUUCAUGUGGUGUUGCCAAUGUCAAGUGACUGUGAUGCUGUCUGAAUUCUCUCUCUCUCUCUCGCUCUCUCUCUCUCUCGCUCUCGCUCGCUCUCGCUCUCUCUCUCGCUCUCUCUCGCGCUCUCUCUCUCAGGGGAAUCUUCAGAUCCACCAGGUGCAUGUUGGGCAGGAUGGACAGGUAAGUCCCUACAGUAACUCUCCCCUCAUAUUUUACCCCCAAGCUUCAUCACGGAAAACAUUUAGCAAUGGAACAUGUGAACUAGUGGUUCUUAUUGGACGAGUCCAUGUAGCCCAUCCCUGUUUCAGGCCGUUUUGUUCUGUUUGGUGCCUAAUGAAUACGACCCAUGGAGGUUUAGUUUAGUUCCCAAAUUCUUCAUUACUUCUGGGUUACCUCCAUGUGCUGGUCCUCCUCUUUCCUGUGGAUCCUUCAAACACACAUAGAGAGGAGCUACAGUAUUUCUCCAUCCCUGUUUGGCCUGCCUGUCUGUGUGUCUCGCUCUCUCUCUCAAAUGUCUUUCUAUCUAAUUGUUCCCUUUCUCUCUCUCGGUCUUAUGUUUCUCUCUGUCGUACCCUGUUUGCCUCUCUCUCUCUCAUGUCUUUCUCUCCUUCCCUCCCUCUCUCACUCUGUCUUACCCAGCCUCUCUCGCCGUCUGUCUCACAUGCUUUCUCAACUUCCUGUCAGUCUUUCUCCUCCUCUGUCCAUCCCUCCCUUCUCUCUUUGUGGGUAGAGGAAGGGAUGGUGUGUAUGAUACAGAGGGCCCUGUUCUUCCUGUUUCUCUGUUCUUUCCUCUGGGAUCAAAGAGAGCCUCCUGAUCAAAGCACCAGGGCUGUGUGAUGAUCACAGAUCACACAUCACAGAUGGGCGCUGUGCAGACCAGGCAUUAUUUAAUAUUCAUGAUCUCAUUGCGAUCGUCUAGAAGCCUGGCCGUAGAGGAAGUGGCUCACACUCUUUCUCACGCUCCCUAGACUGUUUUUCUCUUUGAGGAUAGGUGCGUGUGUGCACAGCACCGAUUGUGUGAAGUUUAACUCCUUCUCAGCUUAUGAGAACAGUUUUUACUAAACCCAAGCUAUUUUUCAGCCAAUUAGCUCACCCCUUAUUCCAAGGUGCUCUCUGCGUUUGGAAAGGAGCGAGAGUUGGGUAAGGAACUCCAACAGACCUGGCAACUCCAAACUCUAGAUUGGAGUUAAUGGCCCUAGGGGUGCCAAUGGUACUUUCCACAAAUGGUAGUUUAUCAGUUAUCAACCAAUAUUCAACUCCAGCUGUUCUCAGUAUCUCCAUAACUCCUUGAACUCAGUGAUAUUAAAAUGAGUGCGAAUUAAAAAUCUAGCCUGGAUGCCAGUCUGUUUCUGCUCUUUUGCCAACUCCUUAUGGAAUUAUUAUUCCAAACAUGUUGUUGACUUUGACAAUGGAGAAGGCAAAAGCACUAACAGAUCUGGGACCAGGCUAGCUUGGAUCAGAGUUAUUGGAGCCAUUUGUCUGUUCUAGUCAGGGCCUCAGUGUGAGUCUCUUUAAUGACACCUGUGUGUGUGUGUGUGGCAUGGUUUUGGUUUAUAUUAGAUCUGCAUUUCAAGCAUUCAUUGUUUUUUAUAUUAUUAUUUUCCGGUUGCACAUGUGUUCUCAUUUCCACAGAUUGAGGUAUUCGUCCCUUACCCCUUACAGAAACACACUCUUGCACGCAUACACACAAACACACACAGACGGAGACACACAUACACACUGAGACGGAGACACACACACAUGGAGACACACACACACACUGAGACGGAGACACAAACACACACAUCCUCAGAUGAACCGGUCGUUGAGUCCGGUGGGCGUGACGGCACAGCAGCAUUCCGGACUGUUUCUCUUUUGUAUCUUGGCUCCGGUUACGACUCUGUUCUUGUUCUGAAUUUGAAGCCGCCUUAACCCAAGUUCUACAGUAGUUGUACAACCCUGUUUCCGAUGUUAUUCAGCAAUAACGUGUUGUUAACUCUUAGGCUUUCUGCCAGUACGUCUCACUUGUCAGGUUAGGGCUGGUUCCUCAUCGGUUUGACUAUCAAAUGCGCGCACACACACACACACACACUCACACACCAACCAUCGCGGCAUGUAGCCUAGUGGUUAAGAGCAUUGGGCCAGUAACCGAAAGGUCGCUGGUUCGAAUCCCCGAGCUGGCAAGGUGGAAAAAUCUGUAGUUCUGCCCUUGAGCAAGGCAGUUAACCCCCAACAACAACUGCUCACCGGGCCCUGAUGACGUGGACGUCGAUUUAAGUCAGCCCCCCACCUCUCUGAUUGAGGGGUUGGGUUAAAUGCAUAAGACACAUUUCGGUUGAGUGCAUUCUGUUGUGCAGUUGACUAGGUAUCCCCCUUUCCCACCCACCCACCGCAACACACUCCUCUGUUAGCCUGAUGUAAAACACCAACUACUGCCAUUAACACUAGCUCCUGCCACACUGUGUAAACAUUUGACUAAGUCCCACUGAAGAGCAGAGUGUGUCUUAGAUCUAAUUGUCCCUCACAGUGCCAGAGUGUCGCUGAUGCAGUGUCUCAAAUGGCGCUCUAUCCCCUAUUUUAUAGAGUACUACUAGUGCACUACAUAGGGAAUAGGGUGCCAUUUGGGACGCACCCUAGCUGUGUAUAGGGACUUAAUGAGGCAGGACCUCUAUCCCCCUGGCAGAGCAUGAGAGCCUUGUCCAAUAAAGACCCACUCUUUUAUUUUCCCGCUUAACUUUAUAGCUCGUAUUUUGAUUGUGUCUGUAAAAUGAUAUGAGGCCAGCGCCAAAACAAACACACACUGACGACUUCUUCUAACCUUGUGUUCCAGGUCUGGCUUUUCACACACACACACACACACACACACACACACACAGUGACUCAAGGGUAUCUUCCCCUCCUUGCUAGUGUGUUUUCCCAGGGAGUGAGACAGGAAUAGCACUAGCUGACUCAGACUGACAGUGUUGUUCUCAAAUGAGCCUGGUGUGUUUUUGUGUGACUGAUUGCUUUGAACGUUGAUGCAACCCAGAUCAGAUUAAAGGAAGGACACACACACGGAGAAAGGCACAGAGGAACGGAGCGUGAAGUUGUUUCACUUCUGACUUAUGAGUCACUUACUUAUAAGUGAAGUCAGAUUUCUCAGAAUAACUCGAUUUGAUCGCAUCCCGGAUUGUGUUCUGUUCAUUGUGCGUCGGUAAUGAGGAUUGCUCUAACAUGGUGAGAGCACAGCACACAUUGUCAAAAGACCAUAGAGAAAUGUCAUUGUCCAAUUUGCAGCCUGUCCAUUUGGGUCUGCGCAUGAAUCUACAAGGCCUGUUUCUGAGUACGUAGGCUACAGCUACACUUAGUCUCUGUGUGAUGUCAUUGUUCCUCCAGCGCAGUGGGAUACUGCUCACUCAUGCUUUGUUAGUAUAGCCUAUAUCACACUGCUGGAAGGCCUCCACAUUUCCUCCCUCCCCCCGAUGCUCCCUCUCUCUCUUAUCCGGGGCUCUCCUCGUCCCUCUCUCCCUCCCUCGCUUUUUUCAUCUCCUUCUGUUAUAGAUAGACUGGCCCUAUCAGGCAGCAGGGUGCUUCCCUCUGCAAUGCUCACUUCCUCUUGUCACAGCUGCAGACUGCUGCCCCCUGAGGCCCCCUAGUGACGGGGUGGUUGGUGAGUGUGCGAGGGUGGUGUGUGUGUCCGGGGGUGGGAGGGUGGGUGGUUGCGGGGAUGCUAUGUUUCAUGUGGUGACUGGUGUUUCUGUGGCGGUGGGAUCCACUGUGGUCGUUUAGGACAUUGUGGCUUGUGUAAGGGGCGUGUAUUCUUGGUCCAGACAGAGCAGUUAUAUUAUAGGGCUGUCUCAUUGCAGUGUUGUAUGUGUUACAUACUGGGGGUUGUGACUCCCUGUCAGUGGUCUGCGGGCUAGUUGAUUGGUGAGGGUGGAAGAAGGGCUCUGGGGUUAAAGGGGAACAGAGAGAGGGGAAGACUGCGAUAAGAAUGUUUUAGCCAAACAGAAAGAGUUAAAAAAGCUGAGAGGGGUGCAGACUGACCCCCUGUCUGCUCCCUCCUUGCCCUCUACCCUUCUGUGACGGUACAAAGAUUUACAGUGGCUUGCGAAAGUAUUCACCCCCCUUGGCAUUUUUGCUAUUUUGUUGCCUUACAUCCUGGAAUUAAAAUGGAUUUUUGGGGGGUUUGUAUCAUUUGAUUUACACAACAUGCCUACCACUUUGAAGAUGCAAAAUAUUUUUUCUUGUGAAACAAACAAGACAAAAAAAACUGGAAACUUGAGCGUGCAUCACUGUCCCCCCCCCCCCCCCCCCCCCCCCCCCCAAAGUCAAUACUUUGUAGAGCCACCUUUUGCAGCAAUUACAGCUGCAAGUCUCUUGGGUAUGUCUCUAUAAGCUUGGCACAUCUAGCCACUGGGAUUUGUGCCCAUUCUUCAAGGCAAAACUGCUCCAGCUCCUUCAAGUUGAAUGACUUCCGCUGGUGUACAGCAAUCUUUAAGUCAUACCACAGAUUCUCAAUUGGAUUGAGGUCUGGGCUUUGACUAGGCCAUUCCAAGACAUUUAAAUGUUUUCCCUUUAAAUUUCACAACAUAUACCCAAUACACACAAAACUAGUAAGGAAUGGGAUUUAAGAAUGUGUACACAUAUGGACAAGCAAUGACAGAGCGGCAUGGACUAAGAUACACUAGAAUAUUAUAGAAUUGAAUGCAGUAUAUACAUAUGAGAUGAGUGGUGCAAGAUAUGUAAACAUUAUUAAGGUGACUGUAAACAUUAUUAAAGUGACUAGUGUUCCAUUUCUUAAAGUGGCCAGUGAUUUCAAUAGGCAGCAGCAGCCUCUAAUGUGCUAGUGAUGGCUAUUUAACAGUCUGAUGGCCUUGAGAUAGAAGCUGUUUUUCAUUCUCUCGGUCCCAGCUUUGAUGCACCUGUACUGACCUCGCCUUCUGGAUGAUAGCGGGGUGAACAGGCAGUGGCUCAGGUGGUUGAUGUCCUUGAUGAUCUUUUUGGCCUUCCUGUGACAUCGGGUGUUGUAUGUGUCUUGGAGGGCGGGUAGUUUGCCCCCGGGGAAUCUCCCACAUGCCUUUUGGCGAACACCAAACGUGUUUGCUUAUUUUGUUCUUCAAGCAAUGGCUUUUUUCUGGUCACUCUUCCAUAAAGCCCAGCUCUGUGGAGUGUAUGGCUUAAAGUGGUCCUAUGGACAGAUACUCCAAUCUCUGCUGUGGAGUUUUGCAGCUCCUUCGGGGUUAUCUUUGGUCUCUUUGUUGCCUCUGAUUAAUGCCCUCCUUGCCUGGUCCGUGAGUUUUGGUGGGCUGCCCUCUCUUGGCAGGUUUGUUGUGGUGCCAUAUUCUUUCAAUUUUUUAAUAAUGGAUUUAAUGGUGCUCCGUGGAAUGUUCAAAGUUUUGGAUAUUUUUUCAUAACCCAACCCUGACCUGUUUGGAGAGCUCCUUGGUCUUCAUGGUGCCGCUUGCUUGGUGGUGCCCCUUGCUUAGUGGUGUUGCAGACUCUGGGGCCUUUCAGAACAGGUGUAUAUAUACUGAGAUCAUGUGACAGAUCAUGUGACACUUAGAUUGCACACAUGGUGGACUUUAUUUAACUAAUUAUGUGACUUCUGAAGGUAAUUGGUAGCACCAGAUCUUAUUUGGGGGCUUCAUAGCAAAGGGGGUGAAUACAUAUACACGCACCAUUUUUCCGUUAUUUAUUUUGUAGAACUUUUUGAAAGAAGUUAAUUUUUUCAUUUCACUUCACCAAUUUGGACUAUUUUGUGUAUGUCCAUUACAUGAAAUCCAAAUAAAAAUCAAUUUUAAAUUACAGGUUGUAAUGCAACAAAAUAGGAAAAACGCCAAUGGAGAUGAAUACUUUUGCAAGGCACUGUACUGCUUGCUAAGAGACAGCGGCAUGGUAUAUCACUCACUGUGUGUUUGUGUGUGUGUCGUCGGUCGGUCUGUGCGCUUGUAUGUGUGUGUAACCCUCAUAUUGCUGUUGAGGUAUGGGCAGGGCUGGAUGAUGGAUCCAAAGCACCUGCCACCUGGCUGUCCCAUAAAAGCUCUUUCAUGCUGCUGGAAGAGCAGGCUGGCCUGUGAAACCAUAAAGAGCUACACUUUUACUGCACUCCUCCUCAGCUCUCCUCAGCCCCCCUUAAACCUCUUAUCUGCUCCCCCCUGUCCUCUCUGCUGGGAUCUAACCCAUGCCCUGAUGACCGACUGGAGGAUUCAGAGAUAAAAAGGAAAGGCUGAUGAGAGGGAGAGAAAUUCUGGAAAUGAUGUUCAUGCCGACACUGAGGGGAAAUUGAGAGGCAGGCAGAACUCUGUGUCAUUCAUGCACACACACAGCUAGACACGUACACAAACACACGAUACCCAAUGCCGGUGUGGCACUCCUCACACACACAUAAAAGGAGUGACAGGACGUGCACCUGCUAAAUGAAUAUAUAUAUAUGGUCAUAGAUGUAUACAUUCCUUAAGUGAUACUGAGGUAACCCACUUGGUGCUCAGGCAGGAGGAAGUGGCUUUGAACCCCCCCACAUCCUCUCUCCCCAUCUUUUGCUCUCCCCCCUUCCAUGCAACCUCCGGUAGAGACUCGGGCCAGGCCUCAUCCUGUCAGGCAGAUGUGGCGUAACACCUGGAACGUUCUGACGUUGUGCUCUUGUGGAUCAGCAGUGUGGGAACCGGGUCAGGGAACUGAGUGGUCCCUGCCAGGACGGACGACUGUGUGUCCUGGAGUCUGUCCAGAAACCCAGUCCCCUCUCACUUCCCCAGGCCCGUCUAUCAGUCAGGGGCUUUAAUCACUAGAGAGGAGUGGAAGGGAAAGAAAGAGGGAGGGAGGGAAAGAGAGAGGGAGAAGUGGAUGGGAGGGAGGGGGUGAGGGAAAGAAAGGUAAGUAGCGGGGAAGAAGGAGAGUAAUGGAGAUGCAGAGUAAGUGAUGGGGAGGAUGGGACAGGUAGAGUUAGAGUGACAAGGAAAGGAACAAGUAGGGGUAGAAAUGGAAGUACAGAGUAUGUGAGAGAGCGAGAGGGCGGAUGGGACAGGUAGAGGGACUAGAGGGACAAGGAGAGGUAGAGGGAUGAGAAAAGGGGAAACAGCACCAUACUGUAGUAUGGCUGUUUGGAGCUCCGCUCUCUCUGCUUCUAACACUGGAGUUCUGGGCUGGACUGCACUUAGUUCAUUGCCCAGAGAAUAUAAGAAAAGCACCAGGAGAUUGCACUCGAACUAGUAAAUGCCAUUGGCAGCGUGGAGUGUGUGUGUGACACUGACCAUACCAAUCACUCAUUGGUAGUUCUAUUUAUCGUUAAGGUAAUUUAUCGCAAAAUUGAUGUUUGUCCAGCUCUACUGUUACUGAUGUCUAACACACAGAGCAGAUGCUGGGGUGUUCUACAGGGUUAAGAACAUAAGACACUCCGGAUCGAACCGCUGGACCACAGCCUGAAUUGUUAUUUAAUCUUCCUAUUUCUCCCUGUCCAAGAAUGUGGGAGGGAGGGAGGGAGUAAAUUACAUCCAUAAGGGGAGGGGAAGAGAGAGUUGCAUACUUGGAAACAGUGUAAUGUACAUACAGAGAGAUGUAUGUUUUAUAUCCAUGUUUGUGUAAUGCAUGUUAGCGGUGUAGGAUUUAAAGCUUGUGCUAUUAAAGAGGUUCCCCUUUCAAAAGAGCCUUGUUUUAAUAGGGAGUCUGCACUGUCUCCAAUAGACCUAUGGCAUUAUAGGAGGACGAUAAGGGGCUUUCCUCUCAGAUCACAGAUCACUCUGUAGAUAUCCGAGAUCAAAGAUGGAGAUCACAGAUCGCAUGUCAAAAUAUGUCUGUCUACUGUCUAGUUGGUGUAUGCUGUGUUGGUGUUCAUAUCAUGUCCCCAGUAGUGUGUCGUCCCCUGGGCAGAUACGAUCUGUGGAGCCUGCCCGGCUCCCUGGUAGUGUGUUAA